CCAGCACCACCGUCACCGUAGCGGCGACGGCUGGGCGACGACUCCUGCGCCAGUGGCGACCUGCAACUGCCAUCCUCUCCUCCCACCUGCUGCUGUCCCCCUCCACUCUCCCCUCUUCCUCCGUUUCACCCCCCCCCCCCUCUCGCGCGCCUUUCUUUCCCUGCGGCGACGACUGGGCCAGCGCCGCCGCCGCCCUUCGCCGGCGACGAGCACCCGCGCACGCGCCAGGUCCGGUACUGGCUCAGGCCCUGGUGCACACUGUCUCUCGGUGGCUGUGGGGACUUCUGAAUUCGCUCUCCCCUUUUUUAUUUUCGAAUUUCAUUUCCUGGAUUGGAGCUUAGAGGGAAUUACCCAGAUAUGGCAAGGUUCUGCUGCUUCGGAACCGGCCGCUCAGAGUUCACGGGGCAUGGGUCAACAGCAUCUGGUAAAGGGAAAGGCUGUCAAGGGCAAGUCCAGGUCUGCUAUGGAUAUAAUCUUGUAAGAGGGAUGACGAAUCAUCCAAUGGAGGACUAUCACGUCGCCGAUCUUGUCAAUGUGAAAGGAAACGAGCUUGGUCUUUUUGCUAUUUUUGACGGCCAUCUAGGAGAUACCGUUCCUGCGUAUUUACAGAAGAAUUUGUUUUCAAAUAUUAUGAAAGAAGAAGAGUUUUGGACACAUACCGAUAGAGCAAUCACCAAAGCUUACGAGAAAACAGACCAAGCUAUUUUGUCGCAUACUCCAGAUUUGGGACAAGGUGGCUCCACUGCCGUAACUGCCAUUCUUGUAAAUGGCAGGAAGUUAUGGGUAGCUAAUGUUGGGGAUUCAAGAGCUGUUCUUUUGAAAGGUGGUGAGCCCAUACAGAUGUCAGUAGACCAUGAUCCGAAUGUUGAGCGCAGCGUAAUUGAAAAUAGGGGUGGCUUUGUUUCAAACAUGCCAGGAGAUGUUCCUCGGGUAUGUGGUCAGUUGGCUGUCUCCCGAGCUUUUGGAGACAGGAAUCUAAAAUCACUAUUGAGAUCAGAGCCCGAUAUAAAAGUCGAAGACAUAGAUCACACUGCGGAGCUACUUGUCCUCGCGAGCGAUGGCCUUUGGAAGGUGAUGAACAAUCAGGAGGUUGUCGAUUUGGCCAAAAGGUACAAGGAUCCAUAUGCAGCUGCCAGGCAAUUAACCGCCGAAGCGUUAAAAAGAGAGAGUAAAGAUGACAUAUCAUGCAUUGUUGUUCGGUUCAAGGCGUAAAUGGAUCACAGACUCACGGAGGAUUCCAUGGAGAGCAGAAAACUAGUAAGUUAGGCUGCCUGACAACAAUAUUGGUAAUCAAAUGGAUGAAUAAUCGCAGGGGGCAUUGGUUGUAAAUGAUUUGUUGGCUCCAUUGUAUGUUCAUAUAUAAAUAUGUCUUAUAUAUUAGGAUUAUUUGAUUUGGCAUUUUCAAAGGUAUAGAUAGGUUUGAGGGCCCGAGAGAUAUGUAAAUAUAGCUAUCAUCUGUAAAUAAUGGUUGCAGAUAUUGGAAGUUGACCUGUGCUCCACUGUGAAUUUGUGAGAGUUUGGAUACUUGCUAAAAGAAUUGCAGUGUUAUAUUUUCAGAGAAAAAA